GAGCGCAGGCGUAACAAUACUCAGCUUCACGUCGACCACACGCAGGAGAGUUGAGAGGGGACUCCAAAGCAAAACCAUGAGAACUGACCCAAGCUGCUCACUUUCUUUACCACUUUUUGCCGCUUGCUUUCUUUUUGUUUCUUUCUCUGCGGUAAGAGGUGAUUCCUGUAAGGUGAACUUAUGUCAGAAUGGCGGGACGUGUGUGACUACAACAGAGAAAGAUUCCUUCAUCUGUAUCUGCUCUGACGGUUUUAAAGGAGACACCUGCAAUGAGACAGAGACUGGGCCAUGUCAUCCCAACCCCUGCAAAAAUGAUGGGAUCUGUGAGCCACAGAGAGGAGAUGUCUUCGGGGGAUAUACAUGCAAGUGUCUGAAAGGCUUUGAAGGCACCCACUGUGAAAAGAAUGUGAAUGACUGUGCUGCUCAGCCGUGCCAGAAUGGAGGUUCAUGUCAAGAUCUCGAUGGAGAUUUCCACUGCAAAUGCCCAUCCCCUUAUGUUGGGAAGCACUGCCAGCUGCGCUGUAUCUCUCUGUUGGGGCUGGAGGGUGGUGGCAUUGCAGAGUCUCAGAUCAGCGCCUCCUCUGUGUAUUACGGCAUUUUGGGAUUACAGCGCUGGGGGCCUGAGCUGGCCCGUCUGAACAACAAAGGACUGGUGAAUGCAUGGACCUCUGCGACACAUGACAAGAACCCUUGGAUUGAGCUCAACAUGCAGCGGUUGAUGCGUUUCACUGGCAUCAUCACUCAGGGUGCCAGUCGUGUUGGCUCUGCUGAGUACAUCAAACAGUUUAAGGUGGCUUACAGUUCAGAUGGACGCAUGUACACCAUGUACAGAGGCAACGGUCUGAAGAAGGACGUGAUUUUUGUGGGAAACGUGGACAACGACAGCACAAAAACCAAUCUGUUCGAUCCACCCAUAAUCGCUCAGUACAUCCGCAUCAUGCCCACCGUGUGCCGUAAAGCCUGCACGCUCAGAAUGGAGCUAGUUGGCUGCGAACUAAAUGGUUGCUCAGAGCCACUAGGUUUCAAGUCACGGCUGAUUGGAGAUGCUCAGCUCUCAUGCUCCAGCUCCUUCCGUACGUGGGGCAUUGAGGCCUUUACCUGGCAUCCACACUACGCCCGCCUGGACAAGCAGGGCAAGACCAACGCCUGGACUGCAGCCAGCAACAGCCGAUCUGAGUGGCUACAGGUGGACUUGCUAUCCCCUAAGAGGAUCACGGGAAUCAUCACUCAAGGAGCUAAAGACUUUGGAAGUGUGCAGUUUGUUUCAGCCUACAAAGUGGCUUACAGUGAUGACGGCAAGAGCUGGACGAUGGCACAAGAUGACAAAAAAAACACUGACAAGAUCUUCCCUGGCAACAGUGAUAACAACGUGCACAAAAAGAACGUGCUUGACCCGCCUUUCUAUGCACGAUUUGUCCGCGUGAUCCCGUGGGAGUGGCAUGGGCGCAUCACGCUGCGAAUGGAGCUGCUAGGCUGUGAGGAUUAAAUCACCACCUCCCUGCUCUCUCCUUUAAAAUCCCUCCAUCCCUCCUUCCUGAGCCACUUACUGCACUGCCUCACUACCAGCACCAGAGGGCGCCAAGACCACGACAAGAAACAAAACCCUAACAACAACAACAGCAGGGACUUGAGCUUACCAGCACUUCAGGGAUGUCCAACUUAUAAAGACAAACCAUGCGAUGUAAGUUCUGUUCAACUCGCAAAGCAGUGCGGUUUUUUGGCAUGAUGACUACAACUGAUGGUGUAAACUGACAUCCCCAUAAAAUCUUCUUGAUCCAGUAACACGUGUGUGCUAUAAAAUAUUACAUAUUCAUGCUCCUUUCAAGACUGAUAUAUAGACAGUGGCCCAUUUUGAAGUAGGAUGAAAUAUAUAGUUGAAAUAUAUUUGGUUUAAAGAGUUAUUGUACAUUAUUAAUGGGUCACAUUGAAUUGUCUCAGCAGUGUGUUAGUUAUUUAGUUAAUAAUAAAUUGCCAGUUGUAAGUUUGUGUAGUCCAAAGCAAGAUCACUGAUUGUCGGCAUGACUCUGUCUCUCUCUCUCUCUCUCUCUCUCUCUCUAUCUCUCUGUUUUUUCUCUCUGAAAGAAAGCUUUAUUCCUUGAGAAAAUAAACUGUUAUCAAAGUAUUACUACGUCAAGAUCGUAAAAUAUCGUGUGAAACAAAAAGAUGUAAUCGGUUGCUCAGUAUUAUUGUACAUUAAUGCUUUGGCCCAACACUGCCACGGAUUUUGUUUCUCAGGUAGAGUUGAAUCAAUUGCAAUGUGCUACUGAUUUUUGUUUAAAAAACAAAUCAAUAAGAUCAUUCUGAAAUAAACCAUCACCUCUGAUUAUUAUAAUUGCAUAAUACCAAAGUGAUUGAAUUUUUUCAUAUUAAUGAAAUAGAAAGUGUGUCCUCUCGCCGCUUUGAACAUCCUUAUACAUUCAGUCUGAUAAAUUAAGUAUAUCUAAUAUAUUCAGUCAUGCAUCAAUAAUAUUUGGAUUUGUAGUGGCUCAGCAGAGAAUAAAUAAAGCUGCUUAUUAAAAAAGGGCCCCAGUAAAGGGGUGGAAAUCUAAUUUUGCAUGAUUUCUAUGGUUUGCACUGAAACCCUGCCCUCCCCGAUCUACAUAAUGCUCUCAUGGUGUUGUGAUCUGACCCUCCUCCCCAACAACCCCUAUGAAUUAUAAAUUAUGGGUUUGUGCAAUAUGAUGCGAGCAUUAAUAUUAAUGGGACAUGCCAAGAAAAAAUAUUUCUCUAUUUUUUUAGAUGAAGAUUUAGACAUACUUGUAGAUGGUGGGGAAAAAAAAAGAACAAUAUUAUAAUGGUUAAAAAUGGUUGUGUUUAGGAUGUGGGAAACAUUUUUUUUUUUUAAAUUAUCCAGAAUGUUUCAUCACUAACGUUAGCUUAAUCAGUGUUUUCUUUUUUUUUUUUACUUCACAAUAAAAACUUUGUAAACUCUA